GUUACUUAUCUCAACUGGCAGCAGAGCCAGGGCCCAGGGACCAGCACUUCUGUGGACUUGGCCUUUUGAGCAGCAGACCCAGCAAUGAAUGAUCCGAACAGCUGUGUGGACAAUGCAACAGUUUGCUCUGGUGCAUCCUGUGUGGUACCUGACAGCAAUUUCAAUAACACCCUAAGUGUGGUCCUAAGUGCGGUGCUGACCAUCCUGUUGGCCUUGGUGAUGUUCUCCAUGGGAUGCAACGUGGAAAUCAAGAAAUUUCUAGGGCACGUAAAGCGGCCGUGGGGCAUUUGUGUUGGCUUCCUCUGUCAGUUUGGAAUCAUGCCUCUCGCAGGAUUCAUCCUGUCUGUGGCCUUUGACAUCCUCCCCAUCCAGGCCGUGGUGGUGCUCAUUAUGGGAUGCUGCCCUGGAGGAACUUCCUCCAAUAUCUUGGCCUAUUGGGUCGAUGGCGAUAUGGACCUGAGCGUCAGCAUGACCACAUGCUCCACACUGCUUGCCCUCGGAAUGAUGCCUCUGUGCCUCCUUAUCUAUACCAAAAUGUGGGUCGACUCUGGGAGCAUCGUAAUUCCCUAUGAUAACAUAGGUACGUCUCUGGUUGCUCUUGUUGUUCCUGUUUCCGUUGGAAUGUUUGUUAAUCACAAAUGGCCCCAAAAAGCAAAGAUCAUACUUAAAAUCGGGUCCAUUGCGGGCGCCAUCCUUAUCGUGCUCAUAGCUGUAGUUGGAGGAAUAUUGUACCAAAGUGCCUGGAUCAUCGCUCCCAAAUUGUGGAUUAUAGGGACAAUAUUUCCUGUGGCAGGUUACUCCAUGGGGUUUGUUCUAGCUAGAAUCGCUGGUCUACCCUGGCACAGGUGCCGAACGGUUGCUUUUGAAACAGGGAUGCAGAACACGCAGCUAUGUUCCACCAUCGUUCAGCUUUCCUUCACUCCUGAAGAGCUCAAUGUCGUAUUCACCUUCCCGCUCAUCUACAGCAUUUUCCAGAUCGCCUUUGCUGCAAUAUUCGUAGGAUUUUAUGUGGCAUACAAGAAAUAUCAUGGAAAAAAACAAGACAGAAAUUCCAGAGAGCAAAGAAAAUGA